AGCUGAUCUUGAAGUUUAACUAGGUUAUAAGUCCUCUACACGUAAUGUGCCCAUGACUUAUUAGGCAAACCUUUAAAGAGCAAAAGGGCACAAUUGUCAUUAACCAUCAAAAGGUAAUUAGGAUGACAGCUGCCUAAACUUUGGGUUGGCCAUUGUUAUUAGGACCUCCUUAUAAUUGUACACCUCACUUCUGUUUCAGGAGGCUAAUAGAAUGUUCGAAUCAACCAGAAAAGGUUAUAUGAUCAUUUUGUUUUGUACAGUUAUCGUUAUGGUGGUGUUUAGCUACAUCGUUCAGAUAAACUUCAGACAGCUUUCAGACCUUUACUUUCUCAAUGUAAAAAAUGAUCCGGCACCUGUUUGUGAACACGUUGGGUACAUACCAACAGAAUCCAAAACCAUCGACCAACAAAUAGCAGAGAUAAUGACUAUGAUCAACUGUACAAUUCCCCAAAAAAACACCAUGUUUUUUAAUGAAACCACCAGUGCGAUAAAUAGCACAGCAAUAAUAUUGAACGAUAAACCUAAUUAUUGUGUUGGAGACACCUUGAUUGUUCAGGUUGAGAUGUUCAAUUAUUUGGGGAGAAGAAAAACGUAUGGAGGAGACUUUAUACAAGCCCGGAUCUUUUCACCAAAGCUUGGAGCUGGAGCUUCUGGAAGAAUCGAGGACUUCAAAAAUGGAACUUACUAUAUUUAUUUUACAUUAUUUUGGAAAGGACAAGUACAAAUAUCUAUUCUCCUGAUGCAUCCCAGUGAAGGGGUAUCUCUUUUGUGGAAAGGGAGGAACAUGGGAUACAAUUAUAUCAGCUACACAGGAGAAUUCCUUAAUAAAAAUAAAAAAGUACAUACGGAAUGUGGCUUUUACUUGAAUUCCCAAAAUGAAAAAUGUAAAUAUGUGGACAGGAAAUAUAGAGAAGUUUUCUACUGUAUCAAGUUACCAGAAGUACCUUGUGAUGCUUUCAUAUCGUUAAAAAGCAAGAACACACCUUAUACAUAUCUCACCAACGCGAACAAGACUUUGUUUUCCAUGUCCAACAUUGGCAUAGAAAUUCCAAAACAAGUUGGAAGUAUUGACGUUUUAAAAUGCCCAAAAACCUCUAUGAAUGGGACUUCAAAAUGCCAAAUUGGGACCUCUCUUCCCUUCCCUAGUGGGUACUUCUUGAAGAAUCAAUGGUUCCCCUCAUAUUGCAAUCUUUCUUCCUUUGAGCCCUUGUUAAAUAUCAAUAAAUGUUUGGCUGGCAAAAUGAUAUAUUUAUUGGGCGAUUCAACAAUUCGCCAAUGGCUAAGAUUCUUCCAAAAAGUCAUGAAGAAUCUUAAAUCUUUUAACACCCACAAUCCUGGUGUUCAUAAGAGUUUUAUUGUAUUCAAUUUACAAAACAACAUCUACAUUCAGUCGAAGAAACAUGGACAUCCAUUUGUAACUUUGAGCUUCUACAGUGUCAAAGAUCAUGCCUACAUCGCCAAUGAACUUGACCGGCUUGCUGGUGGCUCCAACACAAUUGUUGUGUUAUCUGUAGGACAGCACUUCCGGCCCUUUCCUUUUCCCCUGUUCAUCAAAAGACUUCUUAACAUACGAAGGGCCAUAGAGAGCCUGUUUUUACGAAGUCCAGAUACAAAAGUCAUUAUAAAGUCUGAGAACACCAGGGAGAUUAAGCCUGAUGUGGAGCGAUUCAGUGACUUUCAUGGGUAUAUUCAGUACCUCUUAGUAAAGGACAUCUUCAGUGGACUUAAUGUUGGGAUGGUAGAUGCUUGGGACAUGACCACAGCAUUUGGCUCUAGAAAUGUCCAUCCAGGGGAGGAUAUUAUUAAGAAUCAGAUCAACUUAUUUUUGUCUUAUAUCUGUUAAAUAUUUUUUUAAAUAUAUGUUUACAUUUAUUGUACUUUUAAUAUGAAAUCAUUUUAUAUUAGCGUUAAACCCUUACAAACAAUAAAAUACCCAGUUAUAUUGUA